ACAAUAAAGAUUUCUAUUCUAUUCACUGUUCCCAUUUAUUUCUAAAACUGCCUGUUCCAGUCUAUUAAACUCCGUUCCAACUUUUACAUCGCCCUGAGAAUUAGCUCCAGUCAUGUCAUGCUGAUCCAGCUCCUUAUCUUCCGAAAUCCUCGCUGGCUUCUCUUUGAGGCACUGUUUGCUCCGGAGAGAAGUGUGGGAAAGAGUUCUGCGUACAGUAUAUUUUUCCUUAGCCGUCAGCUGGUGGGGCCGGCCUUGCUCGGAACUGAAAGGCAUUGUACUUCUUGCGGGCUGGAGAGAGCGAAUUGGACUGUGCCUUUCCAUUACGGUUGAGGGAAGCAGGUAUUCUCAAGAGCUGGCUGCCAUGGUCCACCUCAGUGUCACUCCUGAAGUCUCCCUUGCUGACUCAUCAGUGAAGAUUUAUGCCUCUGGCCUGGCCCCCUCCCAGCUUGUGACCUUAUAUGCAUCACUGACAGAUGAAAGAGGAGUGAAGUUUGCGGCCAGAGCCUUUUACCAAGCCAACCAGAAUGGAGAAGUGGACGUGGCACAGGCGUCUGCUCUGGGAGGCAACUACACGGGAGUGUGGCCCAUGGGCCUCUUCUACUGUCUAAAGGCUGAGAAGAUGUUCCACAGACUGGUCAAACGUGAUGUGACAGGCAGCCCCUUCUAUGUUCAAAUUAGCCUCUUUAACUCCUCUGUGAUUCUGCCCCUGCCCACGGAAGAACCACUGGCUACUUGCACUGUGGAACGAUGGUAUGUAGCCCCUGGAGUGGAACGCAUCCCAGUUAAGUCAGGCCGGGUCCGGGGAGCCCUCUUCUUGCCUCCAGGCCCCGGGCCGGUGCCAGGACUGAUCGACAUGUUUGGCGGAGCUGGAGGACUGAUCGAAUUCCGAGCUGGCUUACUCGCUAGUAAAGGCUUUGCAGUUCUGGCUUUGGCUUUCUUUGCAUACGAUGAUCUGCCACAGAGGCUGGAUGUAGUAGAUUUGGAAUAUUUUGAGGAAGCAUCCAGACUACUCUUAAAGCAUCCUAAGGUAAGAGGUCCAGGACUUGGAGUCAUUGGUUUGUCCAAAGGAGGAGAAAUUGCAUUGGCCAUGGGUACCUUCUUAAAGGAAAUACUGGCUACAGUGUGCAUCAAUGGUCCAACAAAAAUGAGUGGUACACCACUCCACUUUCAUGAUGUCAAGAUCCCUGCAGUUCCUUACCGACUAGAGAAGAUUCUCCUUAAUGAAAUGGGAGUGAUGUCCUCUUUCCAUUCCUUGGGACAUCCUCUGGAUGAAACAUCUGAAGAAUCUAUCAUCCCUGUGGAAAAGGCUCAUGGGCACAUCCUCUUUGUAGUGGGGGAAGCUGACCAAAGCUUCCAUAGCAAGGGGUUUACUGAAGCAGCCCUGACCCGAGCAAAGAAAUAUGGGAAAAUUCAUUGUAGCCUGUUGUCUUAUCCAGGGGCUGGACAUCAGAUAGAACCUCCCGGAUCUCCAGUUUGCUAUGCCUAUCCAGUUCGGUUUUAUCCCUUGCCAUUCCAGUGGGGAGGGGAAAUGAAGCCUCAUGCCAAAGCCCAGGAGGACUCCUGGAAUGAGAUCCAGAAUUUUUUAAAGCUUCAUCUUGGGCCAGUUCAAAAUAGCAAUUUAUGAUAAAAGAAGGCCAGGUUGGUUAGCUUCCUUUAGAAUUGUGGAAUUGGAAGGAGCCACUGAAGCCAUGAAUUCCAAUUUUCUACUCUGUGCAGAAGUUCAAAUUAAAGCAUCUCCUUUAGAUGAAGGGACGCCCUCCAGUUCCUGGGCUAAUUAGAUCCAUUGCUGAACUGCUGUUGGUGUUAGCAAAUUUUUCAGAACAUUCAAAUAGAAUCUGCCUUAAACCCACUGUUUGCAUGUCUCUCAGUCUGAGAUAGAAAACAGAUGUUAGCAUUCUUUGUGAGCUUCUUGAUGAAUGCUGUUACAGCCUUCCUCUGGCAACUCUUCACAACACUAAACAUUCUUCAUUCUGUCUUCAUAGAACUUACUUGCCAUUCUCUGGACCUAUGACAGUUUCUCUGAAUUCGUAAAGGGUGGAGCUAUUUCUUCCUGGGAUUUGAAACUUAAACUUUUGCUGAUGCAAUAUAAAUGAUAUUUGCCUUUUUUUUUUUUUAACAUCACACUGCUGUGUCAUAGUUUCCAAUCAACAAUUAUUGAUGUUUUUUCAGAGAUACUAGUACCAAGUCAAAUAUCUUCCAUCCUAUAAGUGUGCAUUUGAGUUCCACUUUCUAAAUGCAUAACUUCACCUUUGUCUCUGUUAAAUUUUAUUUUUUUACCACCAGAUUAUUUGACCUAUCAAGAUCAAUUUGAAAUUUAUUUCUAUUUAGCUCUCAACAAAUUUUAUGUCAUCUGAAAACCUAAUAAUUUCUCAGUAAUCAUGACCACAGAAAAGACCAUUCACAGGUUUUACUGAUCCAUAGUUUGUUUUAUCCAUGGUUUGUUGGAUAAGCCAUAGCUGCCUGAUUAACAUAAAAUGCUAAUCAUCCAUACAGUACAAACUAUCAAACCUUUUAGGUUCACAAAUCAUGAUAAAACACUUGCUUGAUUUGGCUUAGUGUGAUGUGGGAACUCAGUCUAGAUGAGAAUAUCCUUGUGACAUGUUCUAUUCUAUAAAGUACAUAUCAGAAAUAUAACUCUAUUAAAAGUCAAGAGUAUAUACAGUU